UGCUACGAAAUGGAGCGAUACCUGAAGGACGAGCCGAAGCUGCGGAAGUACAAGAAGCUACCGACUGACACACCGUGGGACCUGUUUGCGGCGCCCGGCCCCCUGCCCGGCUCCUGGAAGGUGGAGGUGGAACCGUACUGCUUCGACGACCUCAACCUGAACGACCGGACGUCGGACGCGCGGUCCGAGUCGUCCUCUUCCUCGUCCUCUUCCUCCUCCUCCUCGUCGACAUCCUUCGCGUCCGCCCUGUCCGAGGUGGGUCUGGUGCCGUCGUCAACGGCAGCAACCCCCUGGCCGACGGGCGCCGGCGGCACGCUGCUGAGCUGCGCCUUGGUGGUGAAGAAGGAACCGAUCGAUGACCCGGAUGACGAUCCGGAGUCGGACAGCUACCUGGACAGUGAGCCGAGUGAGAAGUACCGAAUCAAGGCUCGCAUCAUCACCACCUCCGGCGGAAGUCCCGCGGAUCCCGACGGCAUGGCUCGGGUCAGUCCAGACCAGCAGCCCACCACCGCCAUCACCACCGCCACCGCCAAAUCGUCCGCCGAGCGUCACCAUCACCACCGUCAUCACCUGCACAGUAACCAUCACCACCAUCACCAUCAUAACCACCACAGCCAGCCCAGCAGUCACCCGCAUCUGCACCCGAGCGGGCUCGAGCUUCGGUUGGUGGCGCGGGCGACGACGGCCACGACGGCCCCCGAGCUGCUGCCCACGCUGACGCCUCCCUCGUCGCCCGAGUCACACCUCAGUCUGAGCGCGAAGGACACGGCACUCGCGGUCACGACGUCGCUGGCGUCGAUCAAGAAGGAACCGGGCGUAGGGACCGAGGUGGCGCUCCUCACCGACCGGCCCGCGGGCCAGAUCCUGCGGGUAUCCGCCGGACCGCACGUGGUCCGGCUGACGACGACGGCGGCGGCGGCGGGGACGGCGGCGUCCAACGGCAACGGCGCGGUCGGCAAGAGCGUGGUCGGCCUGGCCCGCGUGAUACAGGUCAGCGGCCACACGGUCAUUGCGCAGCGAACCUCACCAUCCGCCUCACCGAGCGUUACCACGCCACCACCGCCCAGCUCCAAGCACCAGCACCAUCGGCAGCAGGACCACAGUCCGGACUCGAAGCGGCGGAUACACAAGUGUCAAUUCCUCGGCUGCAAAAAGGUCUACACGAAAAGCUCUCACCUCAAGGCGCACCAGCGAACGCACACCGGAGAAAAGCCGUACAAGUGCUCGUGGGAGGGCUGCGAGUGGCGGUUUGCGCGGAGCGACGAGCUGACACGCCAUUACCGGAAGCACACCGGCGCGAAACCGUUCAAAUGCCGGCACUGCGAUCGAUGCUUCUCGCGUUCCGAUCAUCUGGCGCUGCACAUGAAACGGCACGCCUAA